GACAUUUUACCACGAGCACAAGGAGUUCCCUACCACUCGGAACAAGAAGUCUCUUCAGGGUAGGUGGACAUUCGUCAACGGCAUGGUGCAGCGAUUCUACGGGCACUAUGCUAAAGCCCUUCGUACUAGGCGGAGUGGGAUGACGGAGGCCGACACGAUUGCAGCUGCAUGUCAGAUGUUCCAGGCAGCGGAGAAAAGGGAGUUCACACUGAUGCCAUGCUGGGCCGAGUUACGCCACCAUCCGAAAUGGCAAUCAGAGUCUUCUCGCAAGAAGCAGAGGACUGCGCCAUCAACACAGGAGGGAGAGACCUCCCCCGGCUGCAUCGAUGGUGACGGUGCGACGCCGGCGCAUACCAGCGGGAGCAGCCGGCAGAAGCGGCCAGCAGGCCGAAACAAGGCAAGGGACCUCGCUCGCGGUUCGGCUUCAUCAACAUCGGUCACAAAACCAGUGCUUGAGAUGUUCGACAGGCAACUUGCGGUAAAAGAGAAAGUUGAGAAGGAACGCGCCGAUCGCUUUGCAGAGCUGUUGAGGAUUGAGGAGCACAGGUUGCGCCUGGAGGAGGAGCGUGUCCAACUGGAAAAGGUGAAGGAGGAGAGACAAAAAAUCAGGGAGGAGAGGGAGAUCAUGAGCAUGGACAUUUCGCAAAUGGACGAGGACCAGCAGGCAUAUUACAAGAGCCUUCGCCGAAGCAUCAUCGCAGCUCGCCGAGCUGAAUCUGCCCCCUGAGUUUUGGUGCUUUACUUUUCAUGCAAACAGACUUUUACUUUUCAUGCAAACAGACUUUUACUUGUUAAGCAAACAUGAUUUUCAGUUUUGUCUGUUGAGUACUAUGUAGUACCUACAAUUUGUAUUAAUUGCCUGUUUAAUCAUAUUUUGGACCGAACUAUUACAUUGUGGCCGAUUGUUCAGUGCUAUGAAGUUUGCUGGCCGAUUGCAUAUUUUCGACCGAACUAUUACAUUGUGGACCGAACUAAUACAUUGUGGUCUCAUUUGCAACGUGCAUGAGUGCGAUACGAGAUUACAUUUUUGUUAACACGAUGUAAUGCGAUACGAGAUUACAUUUUUAUUAACACGAUGUAAUGUGAGACGAGA